AUGGAUAUAAGAUUGACCAGGCCAAUGACCCAAACAUCCAUGGGCGCACCUGGCUGGGCUGGGAGCCAUGGAUAUAAGAUUGACCAGGCCAAUGACCCAAACAUCCAUGGGCGCACCUGGAGACCUACUAAUGAGGAAUAUGCACACUACUUUCAGAGGCCUACUAAUGAGGAAUGUGCACACUACUUUCAGAGGCCUACUAAUGAGGAACAUGCACACUACUUUCAGAGAACUACUAAUGAGGAACAUGCACACUACUUUCAGAGGCCUACUAAUGAGGAACAUGCACACUACUUUCAGAGACCUACUAAUGAGGAACAUGCACACUACUUUCAGAGGCCUACUAAUGAGGAACAUGCACACUACUUUCAGAGGCCUACUAAUGAGGAACAUGCACACUACUUUCAGAGGCCUACUAAUGAGGAACAUGCACACUACUUUCAGAGGCCUACUAAUGAGGAACAUGCACACUACUUUCAGAGACCUACUAAUGAGGAACAUGCACACUACUUUCAGAGACCUACAAAUGAGGAACAUGCACACUACUUUCAGAGACCUACUAAUGAGGAACAUGCACACUACUUUCAGAGACCUACUAAUGAGGAACAUGCACACUACUUUCAGAGACCUACUAAUGAGGAACGUGCACACUACUUUCAGAGACCUACUAAUGAGGAACAUGCACACUGCUUUCAGAGACCUACUAAUGAGGAACAUGCACACUGCUUUCAGAGACCUACUAAUGAGGAAGGUGCACACUACUUUCAGAGACUUACUAAUGAGGAACAUGCACACUACUUUCAGAGACCUACUAAUGAGGAACAUGCACACUACUUUCAGAGACCUACUAAUGAGGAACAUGCACACUACUUUCAGAGGCCUACUAAUGAGGAAGGUGCACACUACUUUCAGAGACUUACUAAUGAGGAACAUGCACACUACUUUCAGAGGCCUACUAAUGAGGAACAUGCACACUACUUUCAGAGGCCUACUAAUGAGGAACAUGCAGACUACUUUCAGAGGCCUACUAAUGAGGAACAUGCAUACUACUUUCAGAGACCUACUAAUGAGGAAUGUGCACACUACUUUCAGAGACCUACUAAUGAAGAACAUGCACACUACCUUUAG